CUACUGUAUGUGUACAAACAUGUAUUUUUAAGAAACAUAAUGGCAGCAGUUAAAGUCAAAGGAGGCCUGGUCUACAUACCAGUGGCCAAACAUGGCACGUGAGCCUUAUGUUGUCCACGAGCUGAGACUGAUUCAUCAACUGACCGUCAUGAGUUGGUUUGUCGAUUAAAAAGGAGGCAGUUGUCCAACAGUUCUCACGUACUCUUUCACACACACACACACACACAGAGAGAGAGAGAGAGGAGCAGUGUGCACAGUGACGCGCUUGAAGUCCUGCCUCCUGCGUUUCACAUGAUCAGUUGAUCUGAGCUUUCUUUCACAGAGCGACGACAGACAGGAAUUCUUGGAGCAGCAGCAGUAACAGCAGCAGCAGCAGCGAUGUCUGAGCUCAGACACGGAUCCUCCACGACGCGCUGGUUUUGCUCCGUGGUUCUGUGGAUGACAUUCAUCCUCUGCUCCGCUGCGGUUCCCUGGACGCAGGAGAAGCUCCAGCACAAAGCCAUCACACUGACACGGGAUGAGAUCCAAACUGCUGUGUCCCACACUGAUCUGGACAAGAUGUGGCAGCGAGAUCUGAAGCCGCUGCUGGUUACCAGGUACCCCAGCUCCGAGGGCAGCCAAGCUGUGCAGAACCAUAUCAAAGCGACCAUCGGUUCCCUGGGAGCAGGCUGGGAAGUCACGGAGGAUAAAUUUAGGGCUCAAACACCCUACGGCCCUCUGCCCUUCACUAACCUCAUUGCCACGCUCAACCCCUCGGCCAAGCGCCGGCUGGUUCUGGCCUGUCACUUUGACUCCAAGUACUACCCACCCCAGUGGCACGGGAGGGAGUUCCUGGGUGCCACCGAUUCGGCGGUUCCCUGCGCCAUGUUGUUGGAGUUGGCACGAGCCCUGGAUGAAGAACUGAAAGCUCAGAAGAACUCCAGCAGUAAGCUGACUCUUCAGUUGAUCUUCUUCGAUGGGGAGGAGGCCUUGUUCCACUGGGGUCCCAAUGAUUCCUUGUACGGCUCUCGACAUCUGGCCCAGAAGAUGGCGAGCACCCCACACCCGGCUGGGGCGACAGACACCAACCAACUGCACGGCAUAGAUCUGUUUGUGUUGCUGGACCUGCUCGGAGCCCCCAGCCCACACUUUGGAAACCAGUUCGCCAGCACGACAACGUGGCUCUCCAAACUACAGAACAUCGAGAAGCGUCUCCAUUCCAUGAACCAUCUGUUGGACCACCCUAGCAGCGUGCAGUAUUUCUGGCCUGAUCGUAGUGUGGGCAUCAUAGAAGACGAUCACCUCCCAUUCCUGCGCAGAGGUGUUCGUGUUCUCCACCUUAUCCCCUCCCCCUUCCCUUCAGUCUGGCACACGUUCCAUGACGACGAGCAGAACCUGGACCGCUCCGCUAUCCAGAACCUCAAUAAGAUUUUUCAGGUUUUCGUUCUGGAGUACCUCAACACCAGGCCUGUUGUUCCCUCAGAUACUUCAAGCACUUCAGAACCUUUGACACAGGAAGCACCAUAAAAAAAA